AAACCUCUGGUUAAUCAACCACCAUCUCUGACUGUACUUUGGUCAAAGUUAUAUGCUUGUUACUUACUGUCGGACAACUGUUGGUCGUCUUACCUGUCGUUUAAAAACUAUUUUAAAGAGUAUUAGGUAAAACUGACGCUACAUGAUGAGGAAACGGGACGUUAAGCUGGAUGAUAAAUCCUCCACAGCCAAAGACCAAAGGACUGCCAGAGUCCAGAAGAAGGAAGGGAAACCGUUCCAGAGGUGGCUGAAAAGAGGCUUAUUGUCCAUCUUUGUUAUCUUAAUCUUAAUGCCUUUCUUGCUGACAAAACUCCCAGAAUUACUCCAGCACCUUGUUUACACUCACAGAAUCAGGGUGCCAUUUUUUGUUGACCUCAGCCAACCUGCAGACUUCUCUCUUAAUCACACCGUCAACAUGUACUUAACAUCAGAGGAAGGGAUCUCCUUUGGAGUAUGGCACACAGUCCCAGAGAGUCUGUGGAAAGAGGCACAAGGGAAGGAUUUGGCAUGGUACCAGAACAGUUUAGGUGAUGAAAGUCCAGUUUUCAUCUAUCUACAUGGGAACACAGGCACAAGGGCAGCACCUCAUCGGGUGGGAGUGGCAAAAAUGUUGAGUGCACUCAAUUACCACGUGCUGGUGCCUGAAUACAGAGGGUUUGGAGAUUCCACCGGAGAGCCAGUAGAAGCCGAUCUAACCACGGAUGCCCUCUACUUUUACAACUGGGUCAAAGCCUGCAGUGGAAAGAGCCUGGUGGUCAUCUGGGGUCACUCUCUUGGCACGGGAGUGACCACGAAUACUGCUGCAAAACUGACUGAACAAGGUGUUGUUGUUGAUGGUGUCAUCCUGGAAGGUGCAUUCAGUAUGGCUCAACAGCAGAUAAGAGAUCAUCCCUUUGCAUGGUAUUACUGGAAAAUUCCAGGUCUGGGCCUCUUUUUCCCAGAGCCAUGGGCAGAAAACAAGUAUGUGUUUCCUACGGAAGAAAAUUUGAAGAAAAUGAGAAGCCCAAUCCUGCUUCUCCACGCAGAGGAUGAUCACCUAGUUCCCAUUCAGGUUGCUCAGCAGUUGUAUGAAGUGGCAGUAAAUGCCCAAAAUAGCGAUCGAGUCAAGCUGGUGCCGUUUGAAGGUUCUCUGGGGUACCUACACAACGGCUUAUACAGAGACCCCCGUCUGCCUGACAUCAUAAAGACGUUUGUGCGGUCGUUGUAAUGUUGGAAAGAAGAAUACGACAGAGAAGAUUGGCAAAAUAAUUUACAGAGCAAAGAUUUCAUUGUAUCACACACAACAUGUUUUAUCUUUAAAGCUGCAUACUGAAUAUGUUAAAUUAAUGUGAUUUACCUUCAAUAUCUGAUUUGUAUUCCUUCAAAACGUUUAUGUUGAACAUGACUGUGUUUUAGAAAUGAUUUUUCUCUUUCCCUGGACAAUGGAUUCUAAAUAGUGGGAAUAAUGAGGGAUAAAAAAUUCCAUGAAAACAGCAGUUUGGGUGAGCAAAUUGUGUAUUAGGUGCCCUCUACUGGGCAUUUUGUUGUGCUGACAUAGCCCAUCUGCAAUUACAGAAUGUAUAAAUAGAUUUGUUGUUCAAGACUAAGAAUCUCAAUCUCAUUGAGAUAUUUUAUCUCAUAUCAUGAACACAUUGUAAUAAAUUUAAAAAAAUAGAACCGCUGAGUAAUUUCUGAUCCAAGAAUUACAUAUUUUGAAUAUCAGAAAUGUUUUUUCAAAGAAUAUCCAAUUGUCAGGACAAGUUAUUAGAAUAUAAGUUAUAAUUGAAAUAAAUGUUAUAUCUGAUUGUGACAAUCA